AUGACGUACAGUCUGCUGUCCGCCAGCGCCACCACGACCACCACCUCCGCCGCCACCACCUCGACCACCACCGCUCCUGCCGCCGCCUCGUCCACCGCCGCCCCCACCACCGCCCCCACCCCGGCCACCUCCUCCGCUGCUGCCGCCACCACCCCCACCGCUGCCACUAGCUCCUCCUGCCCCGCCACCACCCCCACCGCCUCCACCGCCCCCACCACCGCCUCCCCCGCCGUCACCUCCACCUCCCUUGCCCCCUUUGCCCUUGCCGCUGCGGCGCCAACUCGGAGCGGACGCAGUCCCGACCUGCUCAGUACCAACUAG